AUGCGGAAGCAACGGUCCGAGAACGGACGAUUCAGUAAAAGGGCUCCGAAGGCUGGACUGAGCACAGCUUCGGCUGUGAAAUCUCCUUUUUACCGUCUAAAGCACGACGGCGUGGCGGUGGAUGAUAGAGGGGACCGGAGAGGUGAGCAAACUGCAAUGAACGACACCAAGAAAGAUGUGAGGAUGGCGGCAGACGGGAUGCAGGAACCGGGUGAGCUCCAAAUGGCCCCCUCUGUGAACCACAACCAGCAUGACAGCGGCGCCGGCGAUGAGCUGGUGAGCUCAGUGACUCUGUACAGACGACGGCCCCGGCUGCUACACGGCACUGUCCUACCAUUUCUGGCUGUUCUUUACCCAGGCUGGCUGUACAUAUGGUUAGGGGUGUACGGUGCCUCUGAGUAUCCGGAGGCAGGCCUUCUGGCGCUAGCUGCUAUCGGGAUUGCGCACGUCCUCACAGCGCUAUCUGGCUAUUGGUCCGUGCACGCGCACUGUUGGCUCACUUGCUCGAAGGUAAACAUAAUUGAUAAAUAAAAUAGAGCUGUGUCCUGCUGAUAUAUGUGGGGGAAACCCUUAUUUCUACAUGUCCUAAUAUACACAGAGACCACAGACAAAAUCAGGAACUUAAAAUUCGGUAUGAUGUUCAUGACUGGCUCAAAGGCACUAUGGCAGGGCAAGCUUGGGCUCACAUACAUUUAAUUAUCACACAAGGUGAGUAAGCAGUUCUCAUGAAGAAAAGAGGCCACAUAGCUACAUUUUCAUUGUGUGUUUGUGAGAGCAAAAAUAUGUGUCACAUGUAGAAACCAAUGAUAAUUCAAUUUUGCGAAAACUUUAACAGAAAAUGAAAGAUAUCUUUGUUAAAGUCCCCCACAACAGGAAGUAAAAACCUUCCACUGGUUCACAUUACUUCUGUAAACAGAGAUCUUAACUCUCUGCUAUAUAUAGCACUACCUCUUAGGCUGAGGACAAUACCACAUCUGUAUCUAGUUGUAUUUCCUCAGUCUUGUGGUAGGUGAUAGACCUCUUUCCAAUAUACUAGUUUAUACAUCAGUAUUAUAUGCUACAACAUUUGAAGAAACCACCCCAGUAAUAAUGAUUGUAAACUUCUACGUUUACUUCAUGAUACAUGACAACUAAGAAGCUGCUCAGCAUCUGUUUUUCAACUGUUUAUAUGUGUUGUAUUAUGAGAUCUACAUCUUUAAAAAAAAUAGAGGAGUUUGUGAAACCAAUGCAAUCAAAAUUAUUUAUUUGGCAAAGAAAGGGUUUGAACUUCAUUGUAUACGUAUUCAUUGGGGAGACCGAAGUUUCAGACUACGGUAUGUCAAUUGGUCACCUGUUUCUUCUAAUUCUCCUCAGGAGCCAGAUCCAAACAAGGCCACAUUGGCAAAGGUCAUACCCACCCCAAACAAUGGCUUUGCUGAGCUCGUGGCACUACAGAGAGACCAGGUCUGUCCACACUCUAAUGGUUGUUUUCAAUUUUGUGUCUUGUUGUCUUUACAAAAAAAAAAGUGCUCCAUAUCUCACACACUCAGCCUAAAAAUUUAAUGUUUGGACAAAUGUAUUUUGGUCUCACCAGCAAACUCCAAAAUUGUUAUUAAAUCCCCUUAAAGACAUGUUGUUUUUCAGGAAUGCUGAAAUGAUCUUUUCUUUCUCUUGUUUGACCAACAGGAUGAGAACGGGGAGGAAAUUCUAUCUUUUGAAUUUCAAAAGAUCCGCUACAUAUAUGACCACAAAGAGAAGAAACAUUUCUUCCCUAUUGCUUUCCCCAUAAAUAACCCUAUGGGCUACUUUCAGUCUUGGCGAGGGUACCAGGAGGAGACUGAACUCAGAGCUGCUGAAAAGCGCUAUGGCACCAACCGUGCUGAGAUGGUGGUGCCAGAUUUCCUGGAGCUCUUCAAAGAGAGGGCCACAGCCCCCUUUUUUGUUUUUCAGGUAUGUGUGACACUUGGUGAAGACCACAGGCCUGUGCAAUGAGUGUUUUUUGUGGUGCUCCUUGCUUUUCAUGUUGGCACCCAUGUUAACAAGACAAAGCAGCCAACAUGUCAUGCUCCGGCAUACAGCUUUUCUCAGUUAUUAGUGCGAUUGUAUCAUAAUAAAUUAACUUUUUAAGUUGUAAAAGCCAACAUGAUAUCCAAGUGAUGUAAUGUGUUGUCUCCCAUAUGUAUACAUUAGGUGUUCUGUGUGGGGUUGUGGUGUCUGGAUGAGUACUGGUAUUACAGUGUGUUCACACUGUUCAUGCUGGUGGCAUUUGAGGCCUCUCUGGUCCAGCAGCAAAUGAGAAAUAUGUCUGAGAUCCGCAGAAUGGGAAACAAACCCUACAUGAUACAGGUAUGUUCAAUCAAAUUUUACAUUAAGUAAGUUAAAAAACAUCCUGCUUUGCUUGUGAAAUCAUACUACAUUUAUUGGACGUCUUUUGUUUCAGGUGUAUCGCAACAGAAAGUGGCGACCAGUAUCAAGUGAUGAGCUUGUCCCUGGUGAUAUUGUUUCAAUAGGUAAAUGCUCUGGCAAUUAUUAUUUACUUCUCACUGCACAUCUUAAAAAGGCUCUGAUAGUGUGUCUAAAUGUGUAUUUUCUGCUUCAUAGGACGUUCGCCUCAGGACAAUCUAGUACCCUGCGAUGUUCUGCUACUCAGGGGUCGCUGUAUUGUGGACGAGGCCAUGCUCACUGGAGAGUCUGUGCCUCAGAUGAAGGUUGGAGACAAACUGAUUUGAUAGGAAUACAUAGAGCUAAAUAUGUAUAAUUGGGUGUGAUUCUCACUGAUUCUGGGAUCUCUCUUGAGUAUUGUAUUUACUGCUGUCAAUAUGUGAUGUGCAGGAGCCAGUAGAGGACUUGGAUCCAGAGCGAAUACUAGACCUCCAGACAGACUCUCGACUUCAUGUCAUCUCUGGGGGGACAAAAGUAGUCCAACACAGCCCUCCUUUAAAGGCCAGUGCUGGACUGAAACGUAAUUCCUCAACUCAUCCAUCUGUUAUCAAUAAGAAAUUGGUGCUGAAUGAGUGUGUUUAGCGGUGCAUUUAUCAUACAUCUGUAGCAUUUAAAACAAGGAGCCUGCUCAUGAAUCUUUUCCUUUCUGUGCAGCUGUAGACAACGGCUGUGUGGCCUAUGUACUGAGAACAGGAUUCUACACCUCUCAGGUAAGGAAUGUACUAAGCAUGUCUGUGCUAUAAAGAUACUAAAAACCUGUUUUUGUCACGUGUUUUAGUUUUGCCUUGGAAAGCAUGUCAGUUCAGGACAAAGUUUUCACAGACUGUAUAAAAAAACUUUCUCCAGGGUAAGCUGUUACGCACCAUCCUCUUUGGUGUGAAGAGGGUGACGGCAAACAACCUGGAGACUUUCAUCUUCAUCCUCUUCCUCCUUGUUUUUGCCAUUGCUGCUGCUGUGUAUGUGUGGGUUGAAGGUGAGGUGCACAUAAUCAGGUCAUUUAGAUGUAUUUUUGAAUGAAGUCACUAGCUGAAAAAUACCAAUAACAAAACACUUGAUGCUCUGUAUUAUCUCCUAGGUACCAAAGAUGCCAGCAGGAACCGCUACAAGCUGUUUCUGGAGUGCACACUCAUCCUCACCUCAGUGGUUCCACCAGAACUCCCUAUAGAGCUUUCCUUGGCGGUCAACACGUCUCUUAUUGCUCUAGCUAAACUUUGUAAGCUCCGUGGUGCUCUCGCUUUGUGAUCAUGUAUCAUGGAUAUUGAGAUAAAGCAGCUGAUGGUAGUUGCUCAUUUAAGUCUCUUUGGUUUCUUUCCAUAUGCAGAUGUAUUCUGCACAGAGCCCUUCAGGAUACCAUUUGCAGGCAAAGUGGAGGUUUGCUGUUUUGACAAGACAGGAACACUGACGAGUGACAGUCUGGUGGUGCGAGGAGUUGCAGGCCUCAGGUAAACCCUGCACACUAUACUAAGUUUUUUACCCCAAACCACUAAAUUUUGGAAGCACAAAACAAACUAUGUUGUUUUUAGUUCAAAUUUGCAUGUGUGCAGUCAUGAAGUAGAGUGAUCAGCGUUUGUUUGUUUUUUUUAACAGAGAAGGAAAGGCGGUGAUGCCUGUAUCUGAGAUCCCAGUCGAGACACAUCGGGUGGUGGCCACCUGUCAUUCACUGGUCACUUUAGAUGAUGGACAGCUUGUCGGAGAUCCUUUGGAGAAGGCCAUGCUGACUGCUGCUGAUUGGACUCUCACAAAAGGUACAGACAUAAACCCCCCACUACAUGCAUGUCAUUGGGCAGCAGCAGGUUGCAUUUGAAUUUGGUUUCGGUUUUGUUUUAGCCGACAUGCUGUCUCUAGAAAAUUGCUGUCUUUCAGGUUGCACUAGGCUUUUGCAGUUGUGUUUAGCUUGGUAGUUUAAUGUCAUGAGUGCAAUUUGCUUUGCUUUUGAUAGCAUUAUGCUUAACUGUGUGCCCUUUUGUUUCUAUUUUCUUGCGAAGAUGAAAAGGUGUUCGCACGGGGUAUCAAAACCCAGGGACUAAAGAUCCACCAGCGUUUCCACUUUGCCAGUGCUCUGAAGAGGAUGUCUGUCUUGGCUUCCUAUGAGAAACUUGGGUCCACUGAGCUCUGCUACAUUUCAACUGUAAAGGGAGCUCCAGAGACACUCAGAGGAAUGGUACAUAUGGAUCCCACCUUGAAUAUGUGUAUAAUCUAUCAUAAUGAAGCAUAUUUUUAGUGUUCUAAUCUGGCUUUGUUUUAGUUUGCAGAAUAUCCAGCAAGUUAUGAUGAAGUCCACAAAGAAAUGUCACGCGAAGGGGCAAGAGUACUGGCCUUGGGUUACAAAGAGAUUGGGCACCUCAGCCAUCAGCAGGUUCUUAUUUGAUUUUACUUCUAACUAUCAAGGAUUGUCUGGUCUGUUAGCAUAAUCCUGUCUGAAGAGAAAAGAUGUCUGUUUGAAACAGAGCUGGAAUCUUUGUGGGUCUCACAGGUGCGGGAGAUGAGUCGCGAUGCACUGGAGUGUGACUUGCAUUUCGCAGGGUUCAUGGUUGUGUCCUGCCCCCUCAAGAGUGACAGCAAGGCAGUCAUCCGAGAAAUUCAGGAGGCGUCUCAUCAUGUAAAUGAACUUACAACUCACGGCUGUUCCCAACUAUUCAAGAAGGAUCAUUUAAAGGUGGAUAACUCCUAUUCCUCUGCUUUCAGGUGGUGAUGAUCACAGGUGACAACCCUCUAACAGCAUGCCACGUAGCGAAAGAGCUCCACUUCAUCCAGAAAGAACAUACACUAAUAUUACAGCCAGGCCCCAAUCCAGGUAAGAUUAGUCAUCACUUUGCAGAAUUGUAGCUAUCAUUUAUAAAAAGCAGCAGAGGGAAUAGUCAUUAACAUAAUUGCGUCUUUUUCUUUCCAGGUCAAUGGCAAUGGGAGUCCAUUGACGGCAGCGUUCAUGUACCUCUGCCCCCUCCGAGUCUUUCUUCAUUCAUACAUCAGUUUGACUUGUGUGUAACAGGGGAGGGUUUGGCUAGACUAAGCUGUGACACCCAGCUUCUCAGCAGCCUCUUACCUCACAUAAAAGUGUUUGCCCGUGUGAGUCCAAAACAAAAGGUAGGUCCCAGACCAGCUGUUUUAUGCAAUUUGGUUUGAACUCUUUAAUUAAACGUCAUCUGUUUGACAUGUUGCAGUAAAACAAUUAGAGACAACCAGAGCUUAACUGCUGAGUAUAUACUACUGGCAUUUGCAAAAAAAAAAAAAAAAAAGUUCCUUUAAUCCUCUCUAGUCAUCAUUUUCUUUUCUAGGAUAAAAACUGCAAUGACUUUUAUUUGUUCUGUUGCAGGAAUUGGUCAUCACAAGUCUUAAAGGGUUGGGUUAUGUGACAUUGAUGUGUGGUGAUGGUACGAAUGAUGUCGGAGCUCUUAAACAUGCCCACAUAGGUAGGUUAUAUUAACCACCAAGACAGAACGCAGAUAUCUUCAUCGGUAACCCAAGCAGAGUAAAGUGAUGAUGUGUUUUCUCUUCAGGUGUUGCUUUGUUAGCCAAUGCCCCUGAACGUAUGCCUGAGAGGAAGAAACGAGGGAGAGAGAAGGAGGUGCCCAUACCAGAGCCCAGACCUUUACCACCUGUCAGUUCUGGGGGUAAACUGAGUUCAAGGGCAGCCAGGCAGAGGGUUAUGGCCCAAAGAGAGGAGCAGCUUGCAGCUCAAAAGGUACGUGUCCCUGAACUAUUUGUAUACAGAUCUUCUGUAAUUAUAUGUCAAAUUUAAACCCCUUACCCAGUUACCCAAGGUAUUAUAAAGGCAUACACUUAUAGCCAAAAAUCAGAUAGUAAAAAUGCCUCGUUACUUUCAUUGAGUUUUGGUGUGCUGGUCUUACAAUUGGUUCCUAUUCUGUAACAGGAGAGGAUCAGUCAGGUGUUGCGAGAACUUGAAGAGGAUCAGGUACAAGUUGUCAAACUUGGCGACGCCUCAAUUGCUGCCCCCUUUACCUCAAAACUCUCCUCCAUACAGUGCAGUGAGUAUGCCUGAUUAAUAGUGUCACUAUACAGAGCUGUUAAUAGUUUGAAUUCAAAGCUGUCGCCAUGUCUGAAAGUUUGUCUUUCUUCCCAGUCUGCCAUGUGAUAAAGCAGGGCCGUUGCACUCUGGUGACAACUCUCCAGAUGUUUAAAAUCCUCGCCCUGAAUGCCCUGGUGUUGGCCUACAGCCAGUCUGUACUAUACCUUGAGGGGGUCAAGUUCAGCGAUUUCCAGGCAACAUUGCAAGGCCUGCUUUUGGCUGGAUGCUUCCUUUUCAUUUCUAGGUCAAAGGUGAGGAUUUAUUGAGGAAAUCACAAACCCCUCUUUACUUCGAUGAAUUGUUGUCCUUGGUCAUUUUAUUGAGUUGUUUUUCUUCAGUCAUGACAAAAUGCUACUGUGAUAGAAACCAGAUGAAUAACCCUCCUCCUUACAUUUUCACAGCCACUGAAGACGCUGUCUCGAGAGCGGCCCUUACCAAACAUCUUCAAUCUUUAUACGGUCUUGACGGUGCUGCUGCAAUUUGCUGUUCACUUCUGUAGUCUGGUGUUCCUUUACAGAGAAGCACAAAGCAGAAGUCCGCCCAGGUGAGUUACAGUAAAACAGAAAAAGGAAGAAAACUAAAACAUCCAUAUUAUUAAAUUACAUUAAAAAUGCUUUUCUUCUUUCUUUGUUUUCAGAGAAGAAGUAUUUGCAGAUCUGUACAAAGAGUUUGAGCCCAGUCUAAUCAACAGCACAGUCUACAUAAUGUCCAUGGCCAUGCAGAUGGCUACAUUUGCCAUUAACUACAAGGUACUGAGUCUUAAUAACGUUAGUAUGGGAUUUGUCAGUCUUGCAGCACAAUAGAUUCACAGCAUUUCUUACUGUUUUCAACAGGGUCAUCCCUUCAUGGAAUCCUUGAGUGAGAAUCGACCACUUCUAUGGAGCAUUGCUCUGUCAGGUUUAGCAAUUGUAGGACUUCUUACUGGUUCCUCACCAGAAUUCAACGAACAAUUUGCUCUUGUAGAUAUUCCAACAGAGGUAAGUUAAUAUAUACAGGACAUAUAGAGGUAUAUGUAUAUAUUUUUUUGCUGUAUAUUGCUUUGUUGUAGUACCUGUAGUAUUAUGUUCUUUAUGUAGUAACCUGAGUUCUUUGUACUUCAUUGCAGUUCAAACUCAUCAUAGCCCAGGUUCUGGUGGUGGACUUUGUCGCAGCUCUGCUGGUGGACCGUAUUCUACAGUUCCUGCUUGGAAAAGGAACUCUCAGGCUGCCUUCUUGA